CUUAUCAUUUAGGUACACACAUACAACUUUAUCAGUGUGCCGAGUCGUGAUAGCCCAUCUCAGAUUCAGAUCCACAGUAGCUCCGCAGUUCCCUCUCUAGCUCGAUCCUUGACUCAGUUCCUACGCAUCAGCAGAGGCUCGCUGUGGCACCAGUCCGCGGCUCCGUGUGGCAGCCCUGCGUGUAGUGGUUGUUUUGGUUCAGCUGGCCGCGACGGGACACUCGCAGCAAGGACCACCUCAAGGCUGCCCCCACAAUGGCGGCACCAGGCUUAUUCGACCUCGAGUUACAGGAGGAGGACGCCAUCGAGUGUGACCAGUCCGAUGACGACGCUAUUGAGGUGGAGGAGAGUCAGUAUGAACAAGGCCCAGAUAUGAAUGCAAUCCUUCAGGCUGAAGGUAUUGAGACCUUACAGUUGUCAGACAGCACAGUCAACCCAGGCAGGGAGAAGGUGCGUCCAUCAGACUUUCAGCUACUGAAGGUUCUCGGAAAGGGCGGUUAUGGCAAAGUCUUUCAGGUUAGAAAAAUGACAGGAGGCAGAGGAGGAGGAAAAAUUUUUGCCAUGAAGGUUCUGAAAAAAGCCACGAUAGUACGUAAUCAGAAGGACACAGCACAUACAAAAGCUGAGAGAAACAUCCUUGAAGCUGUUAAGCAUCCGUUCAUUGUGGAUUUAGUGUACGCUUUUCAAACGGGUGGCAAGCUAUAUCUCAUCCUGGAGUAUCUCUCAGGUGGGGAGCUCUUCAUGCACUUGGAGAGAGAGGGAAUAUUCAUGGAGGACACAGCUUGUUUCUACAUAUCCGAAAUUAUACUGGCUCUGGAACAUCUCCACUCUGAGGGCAUCAUCUACAGAGACCUGAAGCCUGAAAAUAUCCUAUUAGAUUCAUAUGGACAUGUUAAGCUCACAGACUUUGGAUUGUGCAAAGAAAAAAUUCAGGAUGACUCUGUGACUCACACCUUCUGUGGCACCAUUGAGUACAUGGCACCAGAGAUACUCACCCGCACAGGCCAUGGCAAGGCAGUGGACUGGUGGUCACUCGGAGCACUCAUGUAUGACAUGUUAACGGGUGCGCCACCUUUCACGGCUGAGAAUCGUAAGAAGACCAUAGAAAAGAUCCUGAAGGGGAAGCUGAACCUUCCGCCUUACCUGACACCUGAUGCACGGGACCUCAUUCGCAAACUGCUCAAGCGUCAGGUCAGCCAGCGAUUGGGCAGUGGGCCAGAUAAUGGGGAGCCCAUCAAGAGGCAUCUUUUCUUCAAGCUCAUCAACUGGGAUGAAGUUAUUAACAGAAAGCUGGAGCCCCCAUUCAAGCCUGUUUUGAGUGGUGAUGAUGAUGUGAGCCAGUUUGACAGCAAGUUCACCAAACAAACGCCAGUUGACUCUCCUGAUGAUCACAUGCUCAGUGAGAGUGCCAACAUGGUCUUUGAGGGGUUCACGUAUGUGGCACCAUCAGUGUUAGAGGAAAUGGCUCGGCCAAGUGUAGUGAAAGCACGUUCUCCACGCAAGCCUUUCACUCCUAAUUCUGGGGGUCCUUUCUCCCCAAGAAACAUCCACAAUCCUUUCAACUUUACCAAUGGUGCUGAUAGUUGUUCUUCAUCUGCUCAUUAUGAACAAAUGGAUACCAGCAAUUCCACUCCAGUAGGAAAUAGCCAGCAGCAGCAGCCUCAAGGUCACCACCAGCAAGACCGCAGGCUACAUCAGCAGCAACAACAGCACCCAACGUGGAAUUGGAAGCAUUAACAAUCUGGGAAUUAGGGAAAAAAUUUAGUGGCUCCCUUUUUGCUGCUCAUUGUGUCUGUAUCAUAUAGUUUGGAAUGAUUACAUAUAUGAGGAAAGCCCUACCAUUGCAAUUAGAAAGGUGCAGAAAAAGCGAUGAAUGAUGAAGUCUGGUCUAUGCAAGAUGCUUUAGCACAUGGAUCUGUUCAUCUUUUAUGAAAAUAUUGCACACAUGAGGUAUCAAAUGUAAUAUUGGUUCAUGUUUUGAAUGAGGUGAGAUUUUCAUGACUUAGCUACUAGAGUAAUCCGUAUCAUGGUCAAGGGAUACCAUUGAAGGGGAAAAAAGCAAGUGAAUUCUGCACUUACCUAUAUACAUUUGUAUCAGACAUGUUUCAAUGGUGAAUAUAUAAGUAUCAUUCAUGUACUGGGCCUUACAUAUACUCUUAAGAUAGCCUUAAUCAUUAAUAAUUUUUGAUGGAUAAAUGAGGCUAUUAGCAAGUUCCUCUAUAAGCACAUGUUUAACACAUCUUCUGUCAUAUAGCUCAUCAGUCCUUUACUCUGUGCUCUUAGAACCUUCAGUUCAGUGUUAUUGUGGUAUACUCUAAUUUGGCACCAAACUAGUUUGCUUUAGUGUUUAGCUGUUGUUAUUGAGGCUGGGAGGUUUGUAGUUUAUGAAGAAUUGCUCAUUACAUUGCCCUGUCCCCCAAAGUAGUUGCAUAUUGUCUGCGGAUUUGAUUAAAAUCUGAAGUUUAAAGCAUUUAUAUUUUUGAAAAGAUAAACAAGCAAAUACUAUUAAUUGUGAAAUUGCCGUACAGUUUACCUGUUGAAAUUUUCUUUUAAUAAGAUGACUAGGUUGGUUAAAUUAUUUAAUGUGCCAUGCAAUAGUAUUGAACAUAUACAUAUAUGAUAUAUAAAUAGACAUAUAUAGCCAAAAUGGUACAGUAGUCUAGAUCUAGUGUAAUGCCUUACCAGUAUGUAGCAGCUAACUGAAGCCCCUGGCAGACAGGGGCUACCCACCCCAGUGGAAGGUGUUUUGCUCCAAAGCAGUGUGACUGUUGAUGACUAACACAUAUUUGUACUUCAUAACCAUAUACUAGGAUUUGUUCACAUCAUUGCUUUGUGUGAUGAAAGUUUUAUUAAUUUAUUUUUUUCAUUUUUAUUUCUCUUACAUUUGAAUUAUACCUUGAAUAAUAUUCUGCUGCAAUCAAUAUUCAAAUGCAUCAUAAUGCAGUAUCUAUUGUAGUGUAGGGAGACAUUAACUAAUAUUUUAUUGCAAUCACCCAUAACAUUUUGGGACCUAUUUAUUAUGGAGUAUUGGAGGAUGUAGAUAGGAAUGUACAUAGUUUGUGGUUUCCCUUGAGCCAUUUAAUCCAUAAAAUAGUUGCUGUGAUUGUACUGGUUAUUGUUAAUUAUUUUACAGAGGCACAAGUUUUACAACCCUUUGAGGUUUUAUUUAUAAAAUGUUAUCUUGCAACCCUUUUGUUUACCAGUACUGACUGUCAGUUGCGUGUUGAGUAUAACCAAAGUUCUCAGUGUAGUGGUGAACACGCAUCACUCUAAACAGACUGGACUCAUCCAUGACCUUGUACAUAAAAAUGCUUUUAUUAGCCUAAAUUUUAUAGUUCUUCCAAAAAUGGUUGAUAUCAGUGUGAUGUGAUGUGUCUUAAGCCAUAGCCAGGUGCCCACAUUUUGGUUUGAUGGUCAUCUGGUUGACAAGAUUUUUUUUGUUUUUUUUUUUUUUUUUUGUCCAAGGGAAUGUUGAGCAGCAUGAGGAUGUACUUUUACGUCAUGGAAUGAGUUUUCUUCAUUCCUUUUCAUUUUACUUUGACAAAUUUCAAUUGACUAUGCAAGAGAGUAGUGCAAUUGUCAGUGUUUUAUUAUGGCCUUCAUUAUUUGAAAUUUACUGGCAGCAGCUGUGCAUUAUUUUAUGAACAAUGUAUGACUUGGUGCUUUGACUUGACUUAUUGAUGGGGUGUCCUCAUCACUCAAAAACAACCACCAUCAUGAUUUUAUUUAACUUAUUAUUGAGUUAUUGCUUCGUAACUUACUUUCCAGAUUCAUGACAUAAAAAGCAAGAGUAUGAUACUGCAAUUCCGUAAGAGUUAUGCAGAAUAUUUUUAAUAUUUACAGUCAGGGCUAACUAACAAUUUUUCUUGCCCUCUCAUUUAUUUACUUAUGCUUUGUGUGGAGCAGGAACUUGGAAGCUGUUCUUUUACAUAAAGCUUGAAAUUGCUUCUUGGUUUUCAAGGUUUAUAGGUAAAAAAAGAAUGAGAUUUGCUAGUGUAGGAAGAUAUGGUACUUAUUAGAGACUGAUUCUUGCUUGCAAGACACACACAAAAAAAAUUGUAUAUAUAUAUUGAAGUAUGGUCACUAUCCCAAGGUAAUCAAACGGCACUGGAAUGCAUUACUAUCAGUUAUAAAUGUAAAUGACUAUUCUAGUAAUUUUGGCAAGCUGCGUUCAUACAUUUAAAAAAUUUAUGAACGUUUUUCUAAAGGCCGUUAUUCUCAAACAUGUGUUUGUGUGCAUUUGUGCAUGUAUGCAUGCAUGCAUGUGUGUGCUCACAUGCUCUUACACUUUUCACUUGAAUUCAUGCCUGCACACUGUUUGUAUGUGUGUGUCUGUGUGUGUUAUUCACUCUUGGUCUGACCACAUCCUGAAUUGCCAGCCAGUAAACUCGUUUUGAGCUUGUAGAAGCUUGGAUCUGUGGGUGCAUCUGAGACCUCAAACACCAUACACCCCAUCUCCCAUGCUCAAUGGGGGUUGCUAAUCUCUCCUAUUAGUAGAAAGAAAAACUUCAGUCUGAGCAAGGCACAAACCUCGGCCUGCCAGAUGUCAGUUAAGCACUUAACCCACUACACCAAAGAGAAAAAGAGAGGGAGAGUGUGUGUUUGUGUGUAAUUCACCUAUACAAGCAUAUGUGCCCAGGGUCAGAAGACCUUGAGUUAUUCACCUUUGGCCAUACCAGCCUCCUACUACGGGGUCAGGGCACAAAUCACUCAUAUCUGGUACCUAUCAACUGCUGGGUAGACAGUGUCAUGAUGAAAAGAGACCACCUACUCCACCUCCCUUAAAUCCCUCAAAUCAAAACCCAGGACAACUCCGUCAUGAGCUGAGACUGCCAAUCACUCGUGUGCAUACCUGUGUGCAUGUACAUUUAUAAUAUUGAUGUACACCCAUAUGCACACGAACACACACACACACACAUACAUGUAUGCAUGGCAUGGCUGUGUGCUCUUCAUAUAAUCAAAGAAUUUUUUUAUUAAAUCAAAUUACAAUGCCAGCAAUUCGCUUAAAACAGCUGCGCUCUCUCUCUCUCUCUCUCUCUCUCUCUCUCUCUCUCUCUCUCUCUCUCUCUCUCUCUCUCUCUCUCUCUCUCUCUCUCUCUCUCUCUCUCUCUCUCUCUCUCUCUCUCUCUCUCUCUCUCUCUCUCUCUCUCUCUCUCUCUCUCUCUCUCUAUCUCUCUCUCUCUCUCUCUCUCUCUCUCUCUCUCUCUCUCUCUCUCUCUCUCUCUCUCUCUCUCUCUCUCUCUCUCUCUCUCUCUUUUUAGACAAUGAACUUUCACAUGCUGUGGUGGAUGGUGAGAAACUCCACUGACAACAAGGUUGGAAAGCCAUAUACACACGUAAUUUUUAUCCUCGGCUAGGUCUUUCUGCGUUUCCACAAAGCCUGAUACACAAGCACCACUAGGCUACACACACGACCAUACGUGAUUCGUAACAUACACCACGCACCUCCCACUUCUCUUGGCGCAAGUGUAUCAUUUUCUGCAAGAAAUCAGCAUCAUUUUACCCAUAACUCUAAACUUGAUUUCUGGCACUCAAUAAAAGUGAUGUUUGUGUGUCAUUCUCCACACAGGAUUCUAUAAAAAAACCACGUGUGUAAUUCUCCUUGCAAGUUUCUAUAGAAGCGGCACUUGUAUAUCAUUCUCUGCACGGAAUUAGCAGAAUUUUACCUAUAACUUUGAAACUAUUUCUAUCAUUUUAUAAAAACGGCACUUGUGUAUCAUUCUCCACGCUGUGCCUCAUUUGUAAUGGUUGAGCCCUAUGAAAGAAUCUAGAACUUCACUAUAUAUAGUUAUUAAACAAGAUUGACACUAAAUAAUCCACAUAACACUUGUGGCCAGUUGGUUUAGUUGUGCCACCAAGAUUGUCCAGCAGUUCUACUUUGUAGAUAUGAUCAAAAUAACAGGAAAAUUUUCAUGUUUACAUGUAAAUAACUGAGUUUCAUUGACAGCUUUAGUUUACUUUGGUAUGACAAUUUCUUUUAUUUAACAAUUGUGUAGCCUACUUGGGUCACAUUAUGAACCACCUACUCACAUGCAAUGGGAUUCAUCCAUUCUUUGCCAAGUUUGCUUAUGUCUCAGGUUUGUUAUACCCAUUUUGCAAAUUUAUCAUACAGGAUUUCAUAGGAUAACAUGUAGAGUUUCAGUUUUCAUAUAUGCAGGGCUAGAUUAUCCAAUAGGCCAUCCCAGUUUUAAGUCUGAAGUCUAAGCCCAAGUAUGAAAUAAACAUUGAAUAUUCUUUUCAGUGGAUCAUGUAAUAGUACUUAUAAGACCCUAAGUACUUUAUGUGAUAAUGUUUCAUGUAAUGUAAAAGAUUAAAAAAAUUAUUCAUCAGAGAGCCUUGCAGAGUGAUGGAACUGAGAGGAACAACUUCAGGUUAUCCAAUAUAGGGUCAUGGCACAUCAAUGUAAAGACUUAGAAUUAUAAUAAAUUUUGAUGCUAAUAAUGGCCUAGUGCAAACUGAAGCCAGAUGUAAGAAAAGACUCUCCUUACUGGUAAAGUAAUUUCUUGCCAAUUGGC